AGUGCAAGUAGACUACCGCGCCACUAGUGAUGUCUUUUAUCAUUAUUGUAUUAUUAUAUAUAUAUUACAUUAUUAUGAUUAUAUUUCCAUCAAAGUAUUGAAAGUGCUACCCCGUGUGCUACCCCCAAAAGCUUAUAAUUUAUGACAUUAGAGGCGCCACGAGUACUUUCGACUUGCCCUCUAUCGAAUCUGCGCACACCAUCCUUAUAGUUGCGCGUGCAGGUUAUUUUUUUUUAGACUUUUGCCAGCUUGACCAAUUAUUCUGACAGUCUUCUUUCACUAUACCUUGCUGGUAUAAUAAAAUCACCGUUCAUAAUCAUUUGAGUGAUGAAUAAUCAGUGAGGAAGAGAACAAAAGAGUCAAUAAUCAUGAUUGUUUAUCACUGGUCGUUGUGCUGUGAGCUGAAAGUAUGCAGGACCGUUCGUUAAGGGGGUUGAGGAAAGAGGAAAAAAAAAAAAAAUUCCACACUUGGUAAAUGGCGAAACGUCGUUCACGACACCGUAUGACUCGAUCUUUACGAUCGAGAGAUGAAAGAGGAAGCGGAUCUGCUGCCGCUGGCUUUGCCGUCGGCCAGUAGCAUCAACGGCAAAGGGAGCGCAAGAACCCGCGUUUCCUUUAUUCGACGUCUCGCUGUUGGCUGUGUUGUUCUCGGUGCUCUCGGGCUUCUCUAUGUUCCGGCUUAUCAUUCCGCUCAGGGGCCUCUGCUCCCUGGGAUAGGUGAGACUCACUCACUUGCAGCAGUUUCCGAUGGCUCGCAACUCCUUGUAUCCGUAGCUCAAUUGCCGGGCUGGGCAUUCAAUACUUCCCGAAAUUUGAACACGUACAUACAGCCGAAAACGAAUACGACGAUAUUGAGUCCCGCGGAGAUUUGCGCGCCUCCCGUCCCGUAUCUUUUGAUAAUAGUAUGCUCCGCGGUGACGAAUUACAACGCAAGAAUGGCGAUAAGAAACACUUGGGCUAACAAUGCGAGUGUGUACGACAAGACUGUCAGAGUCGCUUUUCUACUUGGACAGAGCGACAACGAAACUCUCAACGAUUCAGUAACCGAUGAGAAUCUCAGAUUCCAUGACGUAAUACAGGAAAAAUUUUACGAUACGUACAACAACUUAACCCUCAAAUCAGUUAUGAUGCUCAAAUGGGUUACGAAGAAUUGUCAAAAAGCGAAAUAUCUCAUGAAAACUGACGACGACAUGUACGUCAAUGUACCUAACCUCUUAAAGAACUUGCGAGCGAGGCCCAAAAGCACUGGAACUCUCAUAGGAUCUUUAAUCUGCAACGCUCGACCUAUAUCCGAUCCAAAUAACAAAUGGUACGCACCAAAGUACAUGUUCUCGGAAAAAACAUAUCCGAAUUACUUGUCGGGAACGGGAUACGUGAUGAGUUUGGACGUUGCGGAGAAACUCUACGACGCAGCUCUCUCAACGCCGCUGUUGCAUCUCGAAGAUGUUUACAUAACCGGUGUGUGCGCGAGAUACGCGAAACUGCGUCCCACGAAUCAUGCGGGCUUCAGUUACGUCCCUCGCAAACUCGAUUCCUGCACAUUAUCCAAUUCCAUAACGAGUCACAAAGUCAGCACAGCUUCGAUGCAUGUUAUUUGGAAAAAGCUGAGAGACGUCAACGCAACAAGCAAUUGCAGCGAACAUUCCAACCCCGCAAACAAAAAAUCAACGACCCUCAACAGAAAUGGACGCAACGUUGCUUAUUAUUUCGUCAAGAGAAGAGCCAACAACAAGUGCGUCUGAAUCAGCCACUGUUUUCAUUCCCUGUUCACUACUGAAUUCGGGACAACUUUUUUGCCACCACAACAUCUCUAGAAAAUUGUGAAAAAAUUUUUCAUUUUUUUGCUUGUCAUCCAAGGUUCAAAUAUUCGUUCAAUCGAAUUUCAAAAAUUUCGAAUACUGCGAAAAAGUGUUGCCAUUUUUAAGUGAAAUUUAUAACGUCUAAAUUCCUAUUGUUACAUUAAUUUUUCGGUCUUCAUAAAUUUUCGUUAAAAUUUUUAUUUUCCCUCAUUUGAAUCGGUGGUGAAACGAAAAAAACAUUUGGAAAACCCUUAAAAAAUACUAUCGUUAGGCGUGCGCGUUGAAGUUUGGCAAAGCCAAAAAAUUUUGCGUCAAAUUUUGUGACGUAAAAAAAACGAGCGACAGCACAGCAGUGCGGAAAGGGGCGGGGCAGCGACGAUUGUUUAAAGUAUAUUUUUCCAGUUUAACUGUCGUAGGAAUUAAGAGAGAAACAUUGUCAAUUAGGAAAUUGUCUCUAAAGUUCCAACAAAACCGGGACAGCAAUUUUUAUUUCCUAUUCACCAAAAUCUUCGAUCGAAAGAGUGAGGAGAUAUGAGUGAAAAUUUUACGUGAUAUUAUUUGAAUCUCGAUAUUUUUUUUAUUUUGAGUCAAAGGACUAAAAAUAAGAGAAAUUCAAAUUUUGAGAAAACAAUCAAAAUUUGCAGUCCUUCCUUGUUGUUAAUCAUCAUUAAUUGUAAUCGAAAACCGUUUUUUAUCUGGCUCGAAAAUAAUCUCAAUUAGCUUCGAUCCAAUUAUUACGCGCUUCCAAUAUAAAUAUGUAAAUAUUUUUCGCCAUUAUUUUAUUCGUCGUUGAGCGAAUUUGGAAAUGAAAAUGAAGAAAAAAACCAGGGAGAAUGAUCGUACAUUUUUCUCGGCCAAAAGUCUUAUUGAAUCAGAAUUGAAAAAAAAAAAAUUGUAAUCGGAUAAAUAAUGUGAACGUAUUCAGCUAUUUUUGUUGAAUCUCUACGAAAAUCAAUUGAGAAUUAUAUAAAAUCCGAAACAAAAAUUAAUUUUCAGAUUCGUUGGAAAAAACUUCCGAACUAUAAUACUUCCGUAGUUAUAAAGUUACAAGCUUUAGAUGCAAUAAGCGAAGAAUUUUUUAAUCAUUUUAUUGGACGAAGGUCGAGGAGAGGGAUUUUAAAAAAAUAAGAAAAAAAAAAAAUUCCCAACGAUUUGCGAGAAUUUUGAAAAUAAAAUUUAAUUUUGACGUUUAGAAAAAAAUCGUCUAAUUGUUGAAAAAAUAAUUUUUUAAAGCAAAUUGUUAGAAAUUUGUUGAAUAAUUUCAUAGUUUCAUGCUAUUUAUCGUGACAUUCUGAAAAAUAAUGGAUUUUUAAUGAUUUAUUGGAAACCGCGGAAUGCUAAAGUUUUGAGGGUAUGGAAUUGGCUCGAUAAUGUGUAAUUCAAGCUGAAAUACUAGUCCACUUGAUAUUUGAACGCUUCUUUUCACAAUUUUACCAGCUUUGCGUUAUUUUAUUUUAAUUUGUAAAAGGAGAGGACUGCCUCAUAUCAAAUUGAAACGUAUCUUUUCCAGUGACUUAGGGAGAUUAACGAAGUGGUAAUUUGAUAUUAAAAAAUGUUUUCCAUUUAAUCGAUAAAUGAAUAAGAUAUUUUGUUAGCGGACAGACAAGAUUGAGCAAUGAAAAUAGAAGCAAAAACUAUUGUCAGAUCAAUUCAAUUGUACAUGUGAGUCUUUUUACAGUUUUAGAAGAAAAACGAAACAAAAAAACUAUUCAUUACUUUGUUGCUUUUUCUUAUUUGAAGAAGAGAGAAUAAACAAAUAUUGAAAAUGAGGAAGGAGAGAUAAAAAUAAAUCUAGAGGCCUUAGAAAAUGUUUUCAUGCGCAGCGAUAAUUGAAAGAAUUGUCAACAAUUCGCAUAUAAUAAAAAACAAAAAAAAACGAACACACCCUCGGUAAAUCAUUUAUAAGCAAAAAUUUGAAAAACUAAUUAAUUGUACUAAAUAAAUUGGUGCUAUGUAAGAAAAAAGCCUCGUAAGAAUGAAAAACUUUGAAGAAUUGACCUUUUUCUUAGGAGCAAAUGUAUUUUCAAAUAAACCGAUGGAAAAGGGAAUAUAAAAAGUCCUUUAAAAUUGAUGGUGUGAAUGGGAAGCUUUGAAAAUGAAAUAAUGAUAAAAAAACACCUUGGUCCGUACAAUAAACAUUAUUUAUUGAAGAAAA